GGUGGGAACAGGCAUGUAUACAUGCGUGUACCUGUACCACCGUUUGCACUUACUGGCAAGGCGAGCAGAAAUUUCGAUUCGAUGAUGAUCGAGAAGCAGACAUGUAGCGCAAGGGUGUCGACAGGGUUCGUUCGUCGUGUUCAUCUUGCUAGAGUCGGUGUUGCUCUUCGUUGUGCCCUUGGUCCUUGCCCGCGUCUGAUUAUCUUGGAGGGUGCGGAGGAUGCUAUAUAUAUAAAAAACACGCGGUCGCUUGUGUGUGUGGAAGAGUGCUCGCGAUGGUGAUAUGCAUUCGACACUCACACAGGGGCUGAUCUUUGGCUCUGUGGUGAUAUGCAUUCGACAGUCACACGAGUGUCGGUUGAUCUUGCUUCGAACUGGUCGUGCCAGGUGUGAUGGCGAAACUAAAAGAAGUCUGUCAAUGCUCAUGGUGCUCCCACUUCCGACUGCGGUUCCCUGGAAGGUUGGUUUGCUCAGACCAGUGCAGUGCAUUUGGUUGUCGGGGACUAGCAAGUGUGCCACUUCGGAAGCUUCUCCGGCUUUUGACAUUUAGCCGAGGGACGAAGGUGAAAAUCGAUGAUGGAAAGUAUAGCAAAGGGGGCAGAUAUGACUCUGCGCCUUCUCACAAGGGCAUGGGCAGGGACGACGAUGAUGUUCGCACCGCAGGGAUUUCUACUGCCGUAAUGACAGGCACGACAGGGAACACCCCUGUGGCGAGGACAUGGGCGAACACGACCAAGGAAGUUGUUGCAUCUCGAUCGAACGGCCCUCAGUCAGAUUCUCUAAGCCAAGUUUGGACUGGCCAAAGUGUGUUGAUGUCACCUGGUGGAUGUGGGCCGGUUCCGCCGACGCCGCCAGCAUUUUACGGCCAUCCUUUUGCAUCGUACACAGGGGGCGAGUCUGGGGCACAACGUUCGUACGCCUCAGAUGGCAGUUACGUUGCGCUGGCGGAGGGCGAAGGUGGGAAAUAUGAACGCAUACUCCCAUGUUGCGGCUGUGGCAUCGGCUGGACUCUGUUUCUUUUGGGAUUUCUUGUUCCCGUCCUCUGGUAUGUUGGCGGAUUCCUGUACCUGAUCUUCCCUGGCGGCCUCGACAGGAGGGAGCGACCAGGCUUGGCAGCCACGGCUGUUGCGGCUCUUGUUAACUUGGUGUUUGCUCUCAUUGCUUUCCUGAUACUGUGGGUGAACGAUGCGCUGUCAGUCGGCUUCCAUCUGCGCGUCCGCAAUCGAGGAAGUAUGGGAAGUGGUGCGCGCCUGCGAAACCUCUUCCUGGCUUGCGGAAGAACUGACAUCAUCCGCAACCGAGGAAGUUAUGGGAAGUGGUGCGCGCCUGCGAGACCUCUUCCUGGCUUGCGGAAGAACUGGCAUCAUCCGCAACCGAGGAAUUACGGGAAGUGGUUGGACCAGGUGGGGGAGCAGGUGGUUCUUUUGCGAGCCAGUGGUCUAUGGGUCUCUGUGUGUUUUGACAAGAUUGUGCCGUUGCAUGGAAUUGACAUUCGCAUCGAAUCCAUCGUGUUUUGUAUUGGGCUUCCGGUGGGAGGUGUUGUCCCCCUUCUCAGUGUGCUGUGUAGCAAUCACAAUGAAGCAGGAGUGCUCACUCUUGGCUUGCGAGGCAGUGCCGAUGCUGUGUAGCUGCUCGUGUUGUCGUGCAUUGCAACGAGGCAACGGUCUUAUUGUGUACAGCAAAUGGCCUAUAGGACACAACAAGGACGAUAGUCUACUUGAAGUCUAGAAUCUAUAGGAGGAAAUUGAACCCUGUUUGGCAUGGGUUUGACAUUCUCAACUAUUGCAAUCUCUUGAUAGACAGAUUUUUUAAAAAAAAUUUUAGACCUUCCCUUCCCUUCCCUUCCCUUCCCUACCCAUCCAGGAGUAAAGCCUUGUCCCUCACCGUGCAGCGUUUUUGGAACAUUUUUUUGCUCUUUCUCCGUUUCUUCUUCGCCAGGGGCCAAGGUCAUUCUUAUGUGCCUUGGACAUUUUGCUGGUCUCUUCUGUGGAUUUCAUUUCGUCACCGAGAGACGCAGCGGCGUUUCUGAAGAAGGUUGCUGUGAACAUUCAAGCGGAAAACUUAACUUGCUCCUUGGCGCUUGCUGUGAUGGGUGUCUAUACAAGGGAUACAAUGUGUUGUUCAGGAGGAGGGUAUGUAGUAUAUAUAUGUAUAUACAUAUAUAUAUGCUACCCUUUAGCCAUUACUUACAUCUAGCAAACACGACUGCUUUUGCGGUCUCGCAAGCGGGGAGAGCACUUGGCGUUUCUCUGGCAAAGGCAGGCAGAAUAAUCUCAAACUUCAAAACAAUCGGCGGGCGUCUUUCCCAUGAUAGCGUUGCGACAGGACCUGCUUGUGGACAUGAAGUUCGAUGGUGGAAUGAUGUCCACCGCAUGGAGAAGGUAGGUGUGUAUGAAUGGGUGCCAUUGGUCUGGAGGCUUUCUGUUUUUUUCAAAAUAAGUUGUGCGUAGCUUUGGUAGCAGUGGGUGAGCAAUAACCAGCAUGGGGUGCCAUGGGGCCUGCAGAAGGCGGGCAAGGCCUCGCCUUGCAUCUCCAUCGACUUUCAGUAUGGAGGUGGACUGUCUGCCUGAGGGAAUUUGUCACCAGACUUCCGAUGAAGGAGGUGAGGGGACCCUGCAAGUAUCGUAGUAGGUCUUAGCAUGAGAGAUGCAGAAGAGGAGGUGCCGAUGUCUUUGUGCGACUCUCGAGCUCCUGCGUUGCUGAUGUCUUUGUGCGCGCCUGAAUUCCUAAGACUACUUCCUGCGGCGUUCCGCGAAGCAACAUAUCGUAAAGAAGGGACAAGAAGAAAUCGUGUGCGUAGACUACUUCCUGCGGCGUUCCGCGAAGCAACAUAUCGUAAAGAAGGGACAAGAAGAAGUCGUGUGCAUUGUCGAACCUUACAGUUCGCCGUGAUCAGUUGUGUUCACGCGUCCGUUGGACCGACGCCGAUGAUUUCGUUCUUCUUCACACGGCUCGAAGAGUUGUUCACGGCGCUCACGGGUUCCUAUCACAAUGGCUCUAACGCAUGGGCCUACACUUUGUGCCUGAUCAAACUCGCACAGUCACUACGGGAGAAGGAUUCCAUUUCUUAGCACAUGACGUUCUCCACCUUGGCAAAGGCUCAAAGAGCAGACACUUCGCGUCUGAAUCCCUCGGGCUCGUCAGCGGAGUUGCUUCGUCCAAGAAAUCACAGGACUCUGCGCCUUCUACUUGACGCGAACUUUCUAGCGGCAUGCAGGACGUAUGCACUCGCACAUGGAGGAAUAGGGGGGUCGAUCAUUCUGCAUGCAGGAAACAGUCAGUUCCGCAUGGAAAAACAGGUGUGCUUUUUACAGCAGCAGAGGAUAAUAUCGUGGUCGUCGUCAUCAGUCAUCAGCAACAGGUCAUCUAAUGGGGCGAAUAGAAGGACGUUGGCGAGCAUUGUGCCGGGGAGUACUUUGCAUUUAUACUACUUUAUUCUGAGAAGAUAGUAUGCGAGUUUUGUUACCGCUGCGCUCCCCCAAGAUGGACCUGCAUCCAGUCAUCAGUCGUGUACAGGUUACAGCUGGAAAGAAGAAAAUGCUCGCAGAGCCUUGCUGUUUGAUCCAUCUGGUAUUCAAUCAUAAUCCCCAUCU